GCGCACGUGGGACUGGAAGGCAAUGAGAAGGCAGAUUUAUUGGCGGAACAGUCAUUAAAACAAGCGUCAAUCGACAUACAGGCAUAGCUGUUCAACUAGCUGCUUGUGAUUCCUUGUGAACCUGUGCAUCAUCUGGGUUGUGAGACGUCUCGCUACAAUCAAUACUCCAGAGGAGAAGCAGAAGCAGCCGUCCCCAGCAGCCCUUCUACCCCCCCCCGCAGACUCCAGCAGCUCGAGCAGGAUGGAGGCGUCGUUCGGCCCGACCUUCUCAGCCGUGGCUGCUGGAACUAAAGCAGAAGGGUCCACCACCUACAAGCAGCACAGAAGAACGCCCUCCUCCUCUAGUACUCUAACCUACUCCCCUCGGGAUGAUGACGAUGGAAUGCCUCUCAUUGGUACUCCUCGGAGGUCUGAUUCAGCCAUCUCAGUCCGAUCUCUCCAUUCCGAGUCCAACAUGUCUCUGCGCUCCACGUUCUCUCUGCACGAAGAGGAGGAGGACACGGAGCCCCAGGUGUUCGCUGAACAGCCGUCAGUAAAACUGUGCUGUCAGCUCUGCUGUAAUGUCUUUAAAGACCCUGUCAUCACUACGUGUGGGCACACCUUCUGCAGACGAUGUGCCUUGACUUCAGACAAGUGCCCAGUGGAUGCUGCUAAACUAACAGUUGUGGUAAACAACAUCGCAGUGGCCGAGCAGAUAGGAGAGCUCUUCAUCCACUGUAAAUACGGCUGCAGGGCCACAGCAAGCGGUGCAGGAGGGGCCACGGCCUCCAAUGCCACGGUGGCCGGGAAACCUGGAGCGUACGAAGUGGACCCACUGGGCUGCCCUUUCACCAUUAAACUGUCCACACGGAAAGAACAUGAGGUCAGCUGUGACUACAGGCCAGUCCGUUGCCCCAACAACCCCUCCUGCCCCCCGCUGCUCACCAUGAACCUUGAGGCUCACCUCAAAGAAUGUGAGCACAUCAAAUGUCCACACUCUAAAUAUGGCUGUACGUUCAUCGGUAACCAAGACACGUAUGAAACACAUUUGGAGGUGUGUAAAUUUGAGGGGCUGAAAGAGUUUCUGCAGCAGACUGACGACAGGUUCCACGAGAUGCAGCUGACUCUGUCCCAGAAGGACCAAGACAUUGCUUUCCUGCGCUCCAUGUUGGGCAAACUGUCGGAGAAAUUAGAUCAGCUGGAGAAGAACAUGGAGCUCAAGUUUGAUGUGUUGGAUGAGAACCAGAGUAAACUGAGUGAGGACCUGAUGGAGUUUCGUAGAGAUGCCUCCAUGCUUAACGAUGAGUUGUCCCACAUAAAUGCCAGGCUCAAUAUGGGAAUCCUGGGCUCAUAUGACCCCCAGCAGAUCUUCAAGUGCAAGGGGACGUUUGUCGGCCACCAGGGUCCCGUGUGGUGCCUUUGUGUUUACUCCACUGGAGACUUGCUCUUUUCUGGAUCCUCAGAUAAGACUAUCAAGGUAUGGGACACCUGCACCACCUACAAGUGUCAGAAAACCCUCGAGGGUCACGAUGGCAUCGUUUUGGCUCUGUGUAUCCAGGGAAACAGGCUGUACAGUGGCUCUGCAGACUGCACCAUCAUCGUGUGGGACAUCCAGACCCUGCAGAAAGUCAAUACUAUCCGUGCCCAUGACAACCCAGUGUGUACACUUGUCUCCUCCCACAACAUGUUGUUCAGCGGCUCCCUCAAGGCCAUUAAGGUGUGGGACAUCGUGGGUACAGAGCUGAAACUGAAGAAGGAACUAACCGGUCUGAAUCACUGGGUGAGAGCACUGGUGGCUUCCCAGAACCACUUGUACAGUGGCUCAUACCAGACUAUCAAGGUGAGUGGACGCACA